ACAUCCUACCAAGCCAAAAUACCGCGCGCAAAAUUUGAAAAGCCCAACCUAUGCGGCGGAUGCGUUUUCCAGCUUUACGCCAUAGCAGCACAUUUUCAAAUUACGUCUCACACGAAUGGCACCAGAGCGUAAACGGAACACACUACACCCAUAAUGGGCACUGAGUGGUGAACAGACGGCGCGUGAUUGAUCGAUUGAUUUUAUUUGCUACAAAAAGAAUGCGGAAUAGCGUCUAUGACGGGCGCGAGGCAGAAGACGACGAAAUAGAGCCGCAAGCCAGCCACGAUGGACGAUGGCGUCUGACGACAGCAACACGUCGUCCAGCGAUGACGAGGCAUCCAGCAGCGACGCGUGCGCUAAGCCUCGUGAGUCCGCCGUGGCGGCCUGCCCUACUCCGAGGGAGCUCCUGCAGUCGACGCGCGUCGCCGUGCUCUGCAAUACGCUGGCGGUGGGCACCUUCUGUCUACUCGCCGUGGCACUGCUCAUAGUCGUUGUUAACAGACAACAGGCAGCGGCGACAGCACAGCCCACGACAUCGCCCAGCGAAGAAGCGGUCGAACGUCGCCGUGCCACCGAGAAGUACAGGGCGUCCGACGAGCCCGUCGUACCAGCCAGCGUCAGGUUCGUGUGCGUGUACCGUGAUCGCGUCGGGCAGCCGGGCCUGAACCUCCGCAGCUUCCCGUACGCGUACUGUCACCACUUGGCGUACUGCUGCCUGAGUGUGCUGCCGUCUCGGGGAGAGCGAGCUGCCCUCGAAACUUUGGCGCAGCUCGGUGCCGCAAUGGGAGGGACGCCUUUCUCACUCUCCGUCAUUGUCGGCGGCUCCUCAACGGAGGACCCGUACUUGCUAGCACUGCUGCUUGACACAGAAAGCGUGCAGCGGCUGGUAGAGCGGUUGGCGCUCAUCAAUCGGAAUGGCGGCGAGGACGGGGCAACAUCGUCGUCGCUUUUCUCCCGCGUGUACCUGCACUGGAAGAGGCCACAGGAGCGGUACAAGGCGGCUAUAACUCGACUCGCCGAAGUCCUCCAGAGGCAGCUGAAGCCACACUCACUGCGUCUGGGUCUGGUUGUCGACGGCGACAAUGACGUGGCAGCGGCGUUCGACUUUCCCAGGCUCCUGGAUGUGCUUGGGGACCGCGGACUGCUCGCGGCGCCGCAGUCGUGGUCCGCGCCGAUCCCGGAGCGAGGCGGACACCACAGCGCCGAGACACUCUCUCGGCACGCGGGUCUGCGCCGUCUCAGCGAAAAGCACAGCGACCGCGUUUGUCACGCGCUUAGCGUGGCCGCUGUGGCCAGCGAAAGGUCCGAGGCAGUGAUCGAUAUUUCCUACGGCAGCGUGUGCAACAUGAACUUCACCAACAUUUACAGCCACGGACUUGCAACCGUCGGGGUGACCGCUUUCGGCGACGCUGUCUCCUUCCUGAAGCCGGCUCGUGCCCGCCAGUUUGCGGCUGCCCUCUGCAAACGGGCCAAGACCGACUGCGUCGCCUUUUGGGACCCAGAAUGCGACGACUACGCAGGAAGAUGCGGGGGCCCUUCUUUUCCGCUCAUCAAAGCUGUCGUCGGAACACCCGUCGCCUGAAGCCAGCCUUGAUUCUUCGCCCCACUUUGUCAGACGUAGACAAGGGGCGACACUUCUAGAUUACAUCAGCAGACUCCGCCUUGCGCAGAAACACCUUUCCGUUGCCUGACGCGCCUGCUCGGCAAGAUGCGCUGCACUUGCAGCCAACCGGCAAGAAGCGGAGAGAGGUUGAUGCCUUUGAAAUUAACGCCCGCAGGUCAGAGGACCCUCUCGGUAGCUCCGGAAAGGCAUUACGACCGCUGCCAGUGUACGGCUUGGGAGCGCGCGCGCGUUCUCAGAGAAGCUAAAGCACA